CUCCCACUUCCAAUCAUAGUGUUGAGACACUAUGUUUGUGUGGUGAAGCCUUAAAAACCCUGUUAAAACCUCAAGCACCAAACUUCUCUCACUCAAAACCUUCCUCCUUCCUUCCCCACUCAUUCUCCUCAACAUGUCUCUGCCACACAGAUCUUUAGAGGCCACUUUUCUUGCUUUUCUUCUUCUUUCUUUCUCACUGGCUGCUGCAACAGCAACAGCAUAUUCUUCUAUUCAUGAGCUUCUCCGAACCCAUGGCCUACCAGCAGGGCUCUUCCCAGAGACUGUAAAGUCCUACAAUUUGGACCAAAUGGGUCGUUUGGAGGUGAACCUCGAUGCUCCUUGCCUCGCCAAGUAUGAAACAAGAGUGCUCUUUGAAACCGUGGUUCGAGCUAACCUUAGUUUUGGUCAGCUCAAGGGGUUGGAGGGUCUUUCUCAGGAAGAGCUUUUCCUAUGGUUACCUGUGAAAGACAUCAUCGUCAACGAUCCAUCUUCUGGUCUCAUUCUCAUUGAUAUUGGUCUUGCACAUAAACAGCUCUCUCUUUCUCUCUUUGAAGAUCCCCCAGUUUGUAGAUCCCAAGGUCUUUCACAGAAUAUUGGGGGAAGGAAGAGCAUUGGAUUUCAAGAUCAGAGAUGAAGGAUUGCUUGUUUAUCUGAAAAAGAUGGUUUCUUCUUUCCUCUUUACAAUUUUGUUUUGUUUUUUCCCUUCUUUUUUUUUUUUCCUUUACAAAUAAGUAUUUGGUGCAAUGUGCAUAGAUCCAAUGAGAGUUGUGAUUAUUAAAUUAGAAAUCAGUCAAGGGAAAAAAGAGAAACUGAUAGGCGGUGUUUAUUGUAAAAAGUCUUUAUGCAAUUUUGUUUGCCGCAAUUUUUCUUCUUCUAAUGUGCAAGAAAAGUAUUUUGAUAUUGUCCUACCAUAUCA